GUCGGGUUUCUACAGUCACCUGAACAUGAUCGGCGUCCAAGGGAAGAGGUCGUUCACCUCUCAGAACAUCAAGGACGAGGACGGCAAGGUCCUUCGGGACCCCACGUUUAUUCGCCAACGGUGGGCACGGUGGUUCCACAAGCUUCUCAACACCAAGUCGCCGACCAUCGACCUGCAUGCGGCUGACAAGGUCAAGCGGUGGCCCACGUGCGUGCCACUCGACGACAUCCCAUCUCUACUUGAGGUUGAGGAAGCGGUACGGGAAAUGGCCAACAGAAAGGCCGUCGGGCCGGACGACCUACCGGCUGAGCUGAUCAAGCUUUUCCUGGACGGAGAUCAAGGUCUCCUCCGCGAGUUCCACGCAACUGUCGUGGACGUGGACACGAUGGAGUGCGGCAACUACCGGGGCAUCUCUCUCGUCGCACACGCCGGCAAGAUGCUGCGUAAGGUCGUCGCUACACGACUGAGCCACUACCGCGAGCGAGAGGGCAUCCUCCCGGAGGAGCAGAGCGGUUUCCGCCCACACCGGUCGACGCUCGACAUGCUGUUCGCCAUCCAGCGGCUCCAUGAGCUCGCGAGGAAGAAGAGUACUGCGGUGUUCGCGUGCUUCGUCGAUCUCACCAAGGCAUACGAUUCGGUAGACCGAGACCUAUUGUGGGACGUGCUCCGACGCUUCGGCGUGCCCCCGAAGAUGCUGGCGGUCAUUCGCCACUUCCACGAGGGCAUGAGGGCGCGCGUCCGAACGGACGACGGGCAGUACUCGGAAUGGUUCGACGUGGGCCAAGGCCUCCGACAGGGAUGCAACCUGGCCCCCCUACUGUUCAACUUGUUCUUUGCCGCGAUGCUCAUGGUCGCCAUGGCCGAGUUCGACAAGGACCCCAAGGUGCGGCGGACAUGGUCAAGAUCGGGGCACAAGUGGAGUACACGGGAAAGAAGGGCAGGUCGGCGGGGAAGACCAUGACGGUGGUGACGGACGCGGAGGCCCUGUAGGCCAUGCACUACGCUGACGACGCGGCC